AUGGCACAGCCACAACAAGGCAGUGAGGUGUACGACCACCUCUACAAGAUCAUUCUGGUGGGAGACGCAACCGUGGGAAAGACCCACUUGCUCUCUCGAUACACCAGAGGGACGUUGCCGAAAACACCCAAAGCAACAAUCGGCGUCGAGUUCGCCACGCGAACGGUUCCACUCGCCGUUGGAGGGACUGUCAAGGCACAGAUAUGGGAUACAGCAGGGCAGGAGCGCUACAGAAGCAUCACCUCCGCUCACUACCGACGGGCAGUUGGAGCUCUCUUGGUAUAUGAUGUAACACGCAAGAAAAGCUUUUUGAACGCCAGCAAGUGGCUGGAGGAGCUCAGACAGAAUGCUGAGCCGGAUAUUGUGGUCAUGAUGGUUGGCAACAAGGUCGAUCUCUGCGAGAAGGACCCUUCCCUUAGAGAGGUGCCAUAUGAAGUAGCCGCUCGCUUUGCCCAAAGCAACGGCCUCUUUUUCAGCGAGGCCUCUGCUGUUACCUCUCUAAAUGUGAAAUUGGUGUUUGAGCAUCUUCUCCAGGAGAUUUACAACCAACGGGCUGAAGGGCGUGCGUCCGAAGCACCAGCAUCACCUGUUUCCCUCAGGGAAGGAGGCGUCCAGCUAGCUAGAAUUCGUGAUUUGGUGCGAAUACGAUACCAAGGCAAAGCGAAAUUGGUUUAUUUAAAAGAAGUCACAGGAAACGAAGGGCCAGACUCUGAGGCUGCAGCGAGAAGGAUAGACAGGAUUCCAAGGGCACCAGGAGGCGCUGCAACAUUGAUAGGUGCGCAGCAGCGCCCAGUGCCAAGUUCGAGACUUCCGGUGACGCAUCGGUAUCCAGGUGUCUCAGGUAGUGUGCAGAAGGCCGAGCAAGAGCAGCUGCAGCGACACCCCCACAACAAAGAGGGAGGAGCGAGCGCAGUGCGCGAAGUCACAGCCAGCUCGGGGGGAGCAGCAAUUGCGGCGAGCUGUGGCUUCCAGCUUCCUGCGGCAGGCCCUAUAGCCGACCGCGGCGAGUGGCGAGAGACUCACCCCCUCUCCCCAGUGUUGCUGGGGAGAGGGGCCCUCAAAGGGGGCCCCUCCUGCUUUUCUCACGCAGCCUCGCGCGCCGCGCCACCUCAGAGCAGCAGCAGUGGCGAGUGCGAGGGCGUCGACUGCAUUUGA